GUCUGAGCCGCGGGCCAAGGGCGGCGGCGGCAAGGGCAAGAGCAAAGGAGUUGGCAAGGCAGGCAAGACCAACGCGAGCGGAGCCAACCCCCUGGACUACGUCCGCUGUGCGAACUGCUCGUACAAGUGGAACUUCAAGGCCAGGGUGGAGUGCUACAACUGCAAGAAGCCGCUCAAGCCUGCCGCAGUGGACGAGCCUCCGCAGCUACGGGCAUCGGCGUGGUCAUUCGUGCGCGAGCCGUGGGUGCGGCACUCUGACGACUGGUUCGGGUACGAGGCACCGCCACCGCAGCCCGCCCCGCCGUCGGAUGCAGAGUGCCUCGCGGCGUUGGCGGCCAGGCAUCCCGAGCGCGGCCAGCAGCUCGAGGCCAUCAAGAUGGCAGUCGCACCACCGCCCGUUGCGGCCACGGUGUUGCCAGAUGUGGCCCUCAACCGCGCCCAGGCCAAGCAGCGGCGGGCUCAAGCCGCAUUCCUCUCCAAGUCCCAGCAGGUCCACGACGCCGAGCAGUGGCUCCAGGCCUGCCGCGAGGAGGAGGUGCGUGCUGGUGAGCUCGUCCUGGCGUGCAACGUGGAGGUGGAGGAGGCCUACAAGGCAGCAGCGCCCAAGGGCGUCCAGGUGCAGGCGCAGGAGGCGCAGGGGCCUGGCGCCAAGACUCAGCCUGCCGUGGGCCUCAACGUCACGGCGCUUUUGGCGGAAGACUUCCAGGUCGAGGCAGGCGACGCCUUCAGGCUGGGCGACCCCGACCUGGACAUCACCGACACGGAGCGCGAGGAGUUCAACAAGUCCCUGGAAGGCUUCGUCGAGCAAGUCAAGCAGCACGUGCGCACCACCUUCGGUGAGGCCAAGACGCAGCUGGAGCAGAGGCGCAGGGAGAUCGACGCCAAGCACCAGCAGCUGCUGGCCAGGCGCCAGCCGCAGGCCCUGCGGCAGCAGGCCCCGCGGAGGCCCCAGCGGCCGCCGCGGCCCCAGCCCAGGCCUCCACCCCUGGGCAGCCUGAGGCCCCUGCUCGGCCUCCUGUUGCUCACCCUCCAGAGCCACCCAGCCUCCGCGGCCCCGAUGGCGCAGCCAAGUUGGCUCAGCUCAGGCGGGACUUGGAAGCAGCAGCCGCCGUUCCAGCUGGGGACGCAGAUGCGUAAGGCCCAGUCCUGGGGACCUGAUGCGCCGCCAGAGGCCAAGCCACGAGAGCCCAGACUCGUCCGCCUGGGCAGGCGGGAGCGGGCCAUCCUGGCCACGCGUAUGCGCCGCAUGGCUCGGCACUGGCGCCCUACCCCGUCGCUGGGGACCACGGCUCAGGACCGCAGGCACUGGGACUCCUACUGCGUGCCGUACAUCUUCCACCAGCUGGGCUCUGGGGAGUACACAGCCAUGCUGGACGACCUGGCAGCCACCACGGGGAGCGGAUCCCGAAUUGCCGAGCGCAUGAGGAUUGCACGGGAGUUGGGUGACGAAGCCUGGAACCGUGGAGGGGAUGCCAGGCGCCUCCAGCGGCAGUGGUUGGAGCAUCUGCAAGUGGCUAAUCAGGAUGCUUUCGAGCGUGAGGCGGCUCAGCAGGACCGCGCCCAGUCAGCCGCGGAGCGGUGGUUCGACCGCCAGUCCCAGGCGACGUCGGGAACGCAGGCCCCCACCGUCUACUUCGACGACCGCAUCCACUGCUGGAGGUUGUGCGCCGCGAAGGUGCUGGAGGCCGACCUCGGCCCAUCCACCUCGACUGGGACCUCGGAGGAGCCGCUGCGUUGCUCUGCCUCGCCCGUUGAAUGCACCGAGCUCACUCCCACCCCAGCCGCGUGCAACCUCACGGACGAGCACCGAGGCUCAGCUGUCUCAUCUGGGGAAAGCCACUGCGGCCCUGGGCAGCCUAACAUCAUCGAGAUGGUCCAUGAGACUGUGGCACACCCUACCGAGGGCGGGGACGUCAGUGUCGGCAGUGUUGGCGGCCAGUCCACCUGCAGCGGGACUUCGGCAAAGCCCCAGUGCGACGUCGCCAAGUAUCGACCCUCAGCAGCAGGAGCCCGCAGAGGCAAGCGUCGACAGCGGAGCCACAGGCGCUUCACCUUCCACAGCGUCAAUGCCAGCCUCAGCUGGGGCAACGUUGUGGGCUACCUCCACGGCGCGGCACACCAGCAGCUCACCGAGGGCAAGAUUCCGAUCAUCGGUUUCCAGGAGCACGGCAAGCGGCGUUUAUGGGCCGAAGAGAGCGCGCGGGCCCUGCUGCCCUUGGGCUGGAGGGCCAUGCCCACGCCAGCGACGGACGGCCCGAAUGGAGGGGCCUCGGCGGGCGUCUUGCUGGCGAUGCCUGCCUGCGCCGGCGUCACUCUUGCAUCUGGACAGCGACGCUGGGACAUAUCUCCCCCAGGUUGUGCAGGCAGGCUCCUGAUGGCCACCCUCGAGGCCAAGGGCAUCGGCAAGUUACUGGUUUUCUGUGCGUAUUGCUUCACUGGUCAGAAGUUGGCGUCUGUGGGCAAUUCAGCUCUCCUGUCAGUUAUCACGGGGUGGGCAGUCCAGCUCCAGCUGCCCUGGAUCGUCAUCGCGGACUGGGAGAAUCUACCUGACGCUUUGGAGCGUUCGCCGUGGAACAACCAGCUCAGAGGCCGCGUCGUAGCGUGGCAAGGGGAAAGGGGCACCAACCGCUCCCCGCACGGUGAGCGCGUGAUCGAUUAUUUCUGGAUGCGCUCCAGUUUGGCUGCCAAUAUUUCCCCAGCCCGCAUUGACGACGACGCGGUCUACCACCCUCAUAGAGCCACAUGGGUCGAGAUUCAGCAGCCUUGGUCGGCCUUUACCUACACCAAGCUCAUCCGACCCCACAAGUUCCCGAUCCCAGGAGUCAAGCCGAGGCACUUCGAUCUCUCGUGCCCAGACGCUCCUGCAGGUUUCGACCCCGAUGCGGUGCCUACCCAGGAGCUCCUGGACGACACCUGGGAGGAUUUCUGCCACGUCGCCGAGGAGGAGCUGAUCCAGAAGGUGGGUUUGGACCCCAGCAGUCGGCAAGCCGAUCAAUGCCGAGGGCGUGGGGGACCACCGCGCUUCAGGAAGUGCCCGUUGCUCCCGACCCACACCGAGGCCAUCGCUUCGUACGGGGAGGCCAAGCGUUGGAGGUGGUUUGCCAACGAGUUGGCUUGGCUGGGCAUCAUUGAAGUAAAGCUUUUCAGCUACACGGGCGCUUCCGACCUGGUCCUCACCACGUUGCACCAGCAGCGGCACGCCUCCAUCCGCAAGUUGCGUGACCGCUUCAGGCACCACAUGCUGUUAGAAGGCGUGGCUGAGCUGCAGGAAUUCUUCGAGGUUUUCACGUCUCGGGACCGCGGCUAUGAAGACUUGCAGGAGCUCUCGGCUUGGCGCCUCAGCUGCAGCCAGUAUGCCUCGUACUUGGAGUGGCAGAUCGGCAAGGAACGACGAGAUUCCUUCAAGCAGCGGUUGGAGGACGACUUCCCAGGCUCGCAGGGGCUCCUCCACAGGGUCACCAAGUGGCGCCAGGCUUGGCAGGCUCCCAAGGGCAGCAUCUCCAAGAAGCUGCUCCCAGCGGCGCCUCAGGCCGCCGUGGACCAGGAGUUGCACGACUGGUCGAAGGUCUGGACCACUGGCUCAGGUUUCCCCAAGCCGUGGAGGGGCCUCCAGCAAGUCGCCGUCACGCCGCCCAGCCCUCACCACCUGCGCGGUUUGGCCCAGCGUUUCAGGGCCAAGACGGGGAUUGGCGUGGACGGAUGGCAACCCAAGCUUUGGGCCUACCUCACGGACGGCACGCUCUCGGUGCUCGCGUCAUUGCUGGCCUGGUGCCAACAACUGGGGCGGUGGCCGUCCCAGGUCCACCUCCUGCUCGUUUUCAUCAUCGGGAAGCUCGAUGGAGGGGGCCGACCCAUCAUUCUUCUACCUGGCCCUUGCCGAAUCUGGGAGGCGUGGCAGCUGCCCACCAUCAGGAGCUGGUUGGCGGCGCGCCCCAGGAGCUACGACUACACGGCGGCGGGCCAAUCAUCGGAGCGUGCGCUGUGGAAAGCUUUGUUGGACGACGAGCUCGUGUUGGGCACAGGCAUGCGUGCGGCCACGAUGCUGGCGGACCUCGCCAAGUGUUAUGAGAAGGUUCCGCAUGAGCGUAUGUGGUGGCUAGCAGCUUGGUGGGGCGGCCCGCUGGAGGUGGUCGCGCUCGCCCUGGAAAGUUUCGCCUUCGGCCGUGUCAUUCGUCUCGGGGAGGCCUGCUCGGCGGAGGUCCUGUCCUCCACAGCGCUCCCAGCGGGCAGCCGUUUCGCGCCCACCUUCCUGAGGUUUUACCUCGCGCUGUGCUUAGACGACCUGCUGGGGGUUUUCCGCCUCACGAUCUACUUGUACGUUGAUGACAUCGCCCUGCGGGUCAUGUCCACCGAGGCGCGCGUCUUGCACAUGCUGCCGCAGGCCACGCGCUUGCUGUUUUGGAUGCUGGAGUCCUUCUUGGGCCUGGAGGUAGCCCGAGCGCGGGGCGGGGCGAGAGGCAAGUGCUCUUUCCUGCAAACGGCCACUCCGUCUUCAGGCUUGACGCAGGCCAUGGCCGUCCUGGGAGUACCGCCCAGCACCUCCGAGCGGUGGCUCGGCAUCGACUACGGUCCCAGCGUCAAGACAGAGAACCAGUCAGCCCCAGUCAGACACGCGCGGCUCAAGAUAGCCAAGCAGCGUUGGCCUAAGAUCCGCGGCCUUCCUCGUGCACGCGGGGGCAAGCUCAAGAUGGUCGUGCGGCAGGGCCUCGGAGCCUCGGUCGCCUGCGGCGCCCGUGUCCGCGGCGCGCCCAGGCCCACCGUGCGUUUCAUCCAGCAGAAGGAUCGGGCCGUCCGCAGGGGCGCCACAGCUUUUACCUCCCGAGUCUUGCACGACGGCCUCGACCCCAGUUGCGCCGACACCCUCGUUCUGGCACCGCUGCUGGCUUGGGCGAGGGAAGCUUGGGACCACCCAGAGGGGCGGCGUGCGCAGGCCACAGCAUGGGCCCGAGUGCAGCAACAGCUCGCGCUGUACAUGGACGCCGACGCUCAGGAGUUGUGGUCAGUGGUGCGCGGCCCAGCGGGGGCCACCUCAGUCACAGUUCGAGCCCGUGGUUGGAGCAUGCCGUCAGCCUUCGAGAUUGUCUUGCCUCCACGUGGCGGGGUGCUCCAAGGGGGGGGCGUCCAUCUUGAUCUACUGCAGAUUUGCCCCAAGUCGGUCGAGGCCGCCGUGCUUUUGGCCGCCCGCUCCAGAGCCCUGUGCCAGUGGGCGGCGGCUCAGCCCGAGCGGGCUGCGCCCCUGCCAGCGCCGUGGCUCGCCCCAGCGAGGCAGUUGGUCAAGCGGCGCAAGCAGGGCGGGUGGCUGCAACGCCAUGCCGACGCGGUCAAGAAGGCGGUGUUGGGCGGUUUCCCUUCGCAGGAGGCCCUUUUCUCUUCGGGCCAGGCGGGCACUCCGCAUUGCCAGCUUUGCGACGACACGACCUGUUUCGGCACCCACCAGCACUAUUACUGGCGGUGCGGCAGCCCGACGUGUGCUACGGUGAGGGAGCAGCUGACGGCCCACGACGCGUCACCUACCUUCAGAGACGUCGGCCACCUGGGCGUGUCGGCCUCCUCGCCGGAAGCCUCAAGAUGGUUGUGGGAGCGGGGUUUGCGGCGAACCCCAUGUUACGGCUUGGCUUGGAGUCUACCGUCGCAGCGCACCCAUUGGAUCGUCAAUGGCGCGGCCCCCGAGCUCACCGAUGUGCUGGUUUCGGACGGAUCAGUCAAAGGCUUGGAUGACCUCAGGCACGGCGGCUGGGCGGCUUUGCAGUGCACAGCGGAGGCCGACGACGUGGUGCAGGGCCUGCACGGCCCACUGCCCUUUCCCGACCCCAGCUCGGUCCUGGCAGAGUUGUGGGGUCUCCUCCACGCCCUCAGGCAUUCGGUCUUCAUCACGGCCGUCAUCAUUGACAAUGCUCAGGUGGUCCAAGGCUUGGCUCGUGGCAGGGCAUGGUGUUGUUCAGCGGCCAGGCCCUAUGCGCACGUCUGGCUCGAGAUCUGGGAUCGCCUGGAUGACAUGGACAUCCUUCCUGGCAGAGAGUUGUCGGUCAUCAAAGUCGCCUCGCACACAUCGCAGGCCAAACGCCUAGAGCUGCCAGAGGAGGUCCAGAUUCACACGAGGCACAAUGACUUAGCCGACGAAUGGGCCAAGCAAGGAGCAGACCUCAGCGCGCCGCCAGAGUGGGCCACGUUGCAGGUCAAGCAGGAGCUCAAAGCCACCAAGCGCGUGCUCGAGUACAUCGGGCACUUCAGGGUCCUCCUCGACGGGGACAAGUUGGCGGAGCCUAGGCACCCGCACGUUCUGGAAGUGUGCCGCGGUUAUUCCAAGUGCACCAACUGCGGCAAGGCGCCGCCGCUCGGCCUGUGCGACAGCGAGCAGACCAUGGAGAUCAGGACGGCCUCCUGGCACCAGUGGGUCUUCGAGCCCCUCUCCUCGGAUGACGACCAAGGAGGUGAUGCGGCAGGCCGCGCCGCCGAGGACGCCCAUGGCUACGACGAUACCGACGAGUUCGCGGCCCUCAGCGUGCACAGCGACCUCGAGGUGGUGGAGGCAGACGGCAAGGCCACGCAGGCCACAGGCACCCAGGCGUCAGAGCGCGAGUCGUCGCCCAAUCCCGACCUCGCCCCCAGGGCACUCCAGCCACAGGAGGAGGGAGCUCCAGCGGGAGGGGCGAGGCGGGAGGGUGUUUUGCGGAUCCGCAGUGCGGCAGCCACCUGUUCCCAGGACGUGGACGACGGUGCUACGGCUGGCGCUGGGGCAGCUCCUGUUCCCACGGUGCCGCCUGCUGCUCAACCCGCUGGCGAGCCUGGAGCUGAUCAGGGCGAGUUGGCCAGCUCCCUGGACGUGGACGGCAAGGCUGCCACCCAGGCAGCGGCCGCUGUGUGCUCCGCCCCCUUGGCGGCACACCAAGCUCGUGCUGGCCAGGGCAGCCUGAAACACGGUGGUAAGGCCCCAAGGACUGGUUCCUCAGCAUCCUCGGCGGCGGCGGCGGGCUCUGGCCAGGGCGGCCUGGCACCGCUGGCGGGGUCCCCGCCGCCCUCGGCUGGGGCUGCGGCGGCCUCGGAGCCAGAGCGGGGUGCGCGCGGGCGGGCGGCCUCUGCCCAGCCCGCCAGGAGUGGCCAGGCGCUGCCUGCGACGGCCAGAGCCGCUUCAUCGGAGCCUCGGCCACAUACGGUCGAGAUCAUUGGCAACUUCGUGGUCUGCGUCGUGUGCGGUUCCUACUACAGCUCGGUGGCCAGGAACCUCGGCGGGCCGUGCAGGCGGCUGGACCCGCGCGACCCAGGCGACAAGGAGCGCCUCAGGCGCAUUCGCCGCAUCCAGCGCGGCCAGGACCCAAAGACUGGAAGGGAUCUGAGUUGA